AUGCAUGUCGCCCAGAGCACAGCGCCUACCGGCGAUGUCUCCGAGAACCGACAUGCGGCCAUCUUUGGCGUGGGCAUUGGGUUCAUCGUCUUUGACUCAAUUGUCAUUGGACUGCGCAUCUACGCACGCGCGUUUAUGCUGCGCGCUGUGGGGACGGAUGAUAUUUUGAUGAUAGUUGGCGCGAUACUCAAUUUCGGAUUGUCGGUGACGAUCAUGAUCGGAUCGAAGUACGGAAUCGGAAAGCACGCCCUCGCCAUAUCAGAAAGCGACACCGUGCCAAUGCUGAAGUGCAUUUGGGUCACCCGUCUUCUCUACACACUCUCCAUGGGCCUGGUCAAAAUGUCCCUGCUGUGGUUCUAUCUGCGACUCGAUCCCCGCAAGUUCAUGCGCUGGGCCGUGUUCUUCGUCAUGUUCAUCAACGCCGGACUAUCGCUAGCCAGCUUCAUCGGUGCCCUGGCGGGCUGCAGCCCUCCAUCUCUGUUCUGGACUGAUCCAACCUCGAGUGGCUGCAUGCCCAUGGGGCCACAGCAACGCUUCUAUGAGGUCAACGGUGUCCUGAAUAUAGUGACGGAUAUCCUGACAUACCUUCUACCUGUCCCGAUGCUGUACGGCCUACAGUUGACAUGGCGCAAGAAGGGGGCUAUUCUCGGGAUCUUCGGGCUGGGCAUACUGUCUAUUGCGGCGGCCUGCGUUCGCUAUGACUUUGUAAAGAAGCUAUCCACCGCCAGCGAAGACUAUUACCUCCUCUUAGCCGACUCCCUGAACUGGUGCACGAUCGAGGCGUACGUCGCCAUCUUCUGCGGCUGCGCCCCCUCACUCUCCGUCCUAAUCAAAGCCCACGCCCCAUAUCUAUUCGGUUCCAGCGCUGCGAAGUACCCAAACAGCGCCCAGACACCCGGCGCAAGCUACCAACACCAGCACCGACAGCGACGAAACCCCCUGAAAAGUAGUCGGCGUCAGGGACUCGGCGAUACGACACUUGGUAGCCAGGACGCCAUUGUCGAUGGACACGAUCAUAGCCAGGAUGGGAUCAUGAUGAAGACGGAUAUCCAGAUGGAUGUGGCGCCGCGGGAGUCGACGGAGGAUGUGAAUUAUAGAAGCGAGUACUAUGAUUUCGCGAGGCGAAGAUGA